AUGAAAAUAUCUCGAUACACACACAUUUACUCGUGGAGAAGUAAUAAGAGCACAUCUGAUAUCUAUAAUAUUUAAUGAUAUGCAUAAAAAACUAGAAUACAUAUAUUUUUUCCAAAGUUCAUAAAUCUUCUGAGAGAGAUAUACUCACAAUAAAUCUUUUAGCACAUUAGCACUAGUAUAUAUCUAGUGGAGUUUACACAUGUACCAUGCCCCAACCCCAGGCCCAGUAGAGAGGGUCUUGGCUUUCUCUGCCUGCCCUCACAGCCCUCCACACUCUUUUGCCCCUUUCCAGUUGUCCAUGACCCCAUCCCAUCCCUUUCACCACCGCCCCUCUUCCUCCUCCCCUACCUGCACAGCCCCUCGCUGCCAAUUUCCCUCAUAACCCGUCGUCCAGAGGCUCGUCCGUAAGUCUCUAAUCUUGAUUGUGGCACUCACUCUGUUCCUAGAGAGAGACGGGAGGGAAACGGAGACCGGGAGAGGGAGAGAUGGGUGUAGAAGCAAGAAUUCUCCCCAAUUCUGUGCCUGGAUUGCUUUCUUAGUCUAAUGGUAGUUGGUAGUACGUAGCUGUAGACCGGAGCCAAGUGAGGGACUGUUUGCUAGUCGCAGUACUGGUUAAGCGAUGCUGCAAUUUUCUAUUCCCUAGGUCUUUGUGAGGUGGUAGAUCAACGGAAUUUCGUGUUUUGGGCAGGGAAGCAAAGGUGGUGGUGGCCAUGCUGCACCACCACGGUGGCGCCGGGUCCCCGUACAUGGCCCCGACGACGGCUGGCACGGGCGCGGGCACGGCCCCGCUCUCGCCGACGCCGACGGCGCCCGCCGUCGUGUCUGUCACCGACAUCCCAGCCGCCCCGCCGACGAUGCAGCUGCAGCCGGCGGGGCCGAGUGCUAAUUUCGAGGAAUUGCCAGUGGUCGGCUCCGGCUCUGGCGUCGGCGUCGGCGCCGGUGCCGGUGCCGCGGCCAGCAUCAUCCAAGACGACGACAUGCAGGCCGACUUGGGCGGCAGCGGCGCGGGAGCGUCCGGCUCGGGCGGCCACCACCGGUGGCCGCGCGAGGAGACGCUGGCGCUCAUCAGGAUCCGGACGGAGAUGGACGCCGACUUCCGGAACGCCCCGCUCAAAGCGCCGCUCUGGGAGGACGUCGCCAGGAAGCUUGCAGAGCUGGGCUACCAACGGAGCGCCAAGAAGUGCAAGGAGAAGUUCGAGAACGUGGACAAGUACUACAAGCGCACCAAGGACGCCCGCGCCGGGCGCCAGGACGGCAAGAGCUACCGCUUCUUCUCGCAGCUCGAGGCGUUGCACGCCGCGGCGCCGCCGCAGCUGCUGCUGCCGCCGCCGCCCCCCUCGGGCAUGAGCAUGACCACGGUGCAAGCUGGCCCUCAUCAGCCCAUGGCAAUGGCAUGGACGGCGGGCCCUUCGGCGCUGGGCCCUCCUGCCGGCGCCGGCCUGCCGGACCUCAGCUUCUCGUCGAUGUCAGGGUCAGAGUCCGAAUCCGACUCCUACUCGGACGACUACGACUACGACGACUCUGAUGCCGGGGAGGAGGGCCUCGGCAGGGAGCAGGGCCUCGGCAGGGGCGAGUGCGACAGGGAGAUGAUGGCGAUCUUCGAGGGGAUGAUGAAGCAGGUCACGGAGAAGCAGGACGCCAUGCAGCGCGUGUUCCUGGAGACGCUGGAGCGGUGGGAGGCGGAGCGCACGGCGCGCGAGGAGGCGUGGCGGCGCCAGGAGGUCGCCCGCAUGAACCGCGAGCGCGAGCAGCUCGCCAGGGAGCGCGCCGCCGCGGCCUCCCGCGACGCCGCGCUGAUCGCGUUCCUCCAGCGCGUCGGCGGGGGACAGGGGCAGCCCGUGGCGCGGCUCCCUCCGCACAGCGCCGGCGUCGUGCCCGCGCCGCCAAUUCCGGACCACACCCCUUCGUCGCCUCGUCGCCACGACGCGGCGGCGGCGGCCACCUAUCUUCAGCAGCUGGUGCCCACGUCGCACAAGGCGGUGGAGGCCUUGACGUGGACGGGAGGCGAGGGCAGCGGGUCCACGUCGUCGUCGCGGUGGCCCAAGGAGGAAGUGGAGGCGCUGAUCCAGAUGCGGAACGAGAAGGACGAGCAGUACCAUGACGCGGGGGGCAAAGGCCCGCUUUGGGAGGACAUCGCCGCCGGGAUGCGCAGGAUCGGGUACAACCGGAGCGCCAAGCGGUGCAAGGAGAAGUGGGAGAACAUCAACAAGUACUACAAGAAGGUGAAGGAGAGCAACAAGAGGCGCCCCGAGGACUCCAAGACCUGUCCGUACUUCCACCAGCUCGACGCCAUGUACAGCAAGAAACACCGUGCUGGCGGCGGCAGAGGCAGCAGCAGAACCGCACCUGCAGCCAACAUGGCCACCGCCGUCACCGUCGCCGUCGCCGUCGCCGCUGCCGUGCAGGACAACCCGAGCCAGCGCGAGCUCGAGGGAAAGAGCAGCAACGAUGUCGACCACCGGAAGAAUGAUGAACUGGGAAACGUGCAGGCUUCUCCCGGCAACGGCGAUACAGCACCAACGACCACCACCCCGCCUGGCGACGGCGCCAAAAACAAGAAUGUGCAGACGGCAGAGGACAAUGUGACUGAAACAAAUGUGCAGCACCAGCAGCAACAGCAGCAGGGGUUCAGUGCGGACGAGACGGACAGCGACGACGACAUCAACAUGGCAAGAGACUACACAGUCUACACUGAAGAAGGCAACGACGAAGACAAAAUGAAGUACAAGAUGGGCGUCCAGAAGCCUGAUGUGAUCGGGAGCAGCGGCAACGUACCUGCAUCACCACCAGCACCAGCACCAGCACCGGCAGCACCAGUGACGGCUGCAGCACCGACGAGUUCAGCUGCCCCAACGGGCAGCACCUUCCUUGCCGUUCAGUAGAGGGCAAUGCUGCAGGAGCAGGACCAGUGCCAGCUGAUCAGCACCAGUGCAUCACCACCUUUUCCGGCCCAUAAUCACCUAGUAUACUUGCCCUGGCUUUGAACCAUCUGAAUACCAUUUAUUGAUUUGUUCUGUAAUAAGUACCAGAUCAUGAAAGGUUAAAAAAAAAGGUAGUAGUAAGACUGAAGAACAGAGGAGGUAGCAGAGGCGCCUAAACAGAAAGUUCUUUUCUUUUUUCUUACCAUAGGUCAUGUUAUACUUUAGCCUAUUGCAAACAACUGUACAUUCAUGUGUCAGUCUCAACUUCCAGUAAUCUUCUCCGAUCAAAAUUGUUCAGGGAUUUGGAGCGGCCAAUCGACAUUUCUUUCAGCCAUAAAUGGCCUAAUCUCUUUUUUUUAAUCCUUCAGAUAAUGUUUUGCCGA